AUGGACGAGAACCAAGACGAAACAUCGAAAUAUAAAGUGCAAAAAAGACUUAAAAAGAUUUUUAAAAAGGAGGCUGCUAUACGUGGCAAGAAGAAAUAUAAAAAGAACAAAGAGAUGGGUGUGUGCAGUGGGCUAAAUAGAAACCAAAAUGCAGAUAAAGAUCGGAAAUAUGUUUGCUCAAUUUGCAAGAAGAAGCAAUAUAAGUACAGAAGGAACAAGUUGAGACACGAAAAGUACGAAUGUGUCACCGGUCCACAGUUUUCUUGUGGGACUUGCGGCAAAAAGUACUCACAAAAAAAAACCCUGACCUCACAUAUCGUGCAAAAGCAUCCUGAUUGGGCCUUAGAUGUGCAAAUUCAUAAUGCUUGA